AUGUAUCGCGUUGGAUUCAGGAACCUACUUAUUAUAGGGACAAAAACACACCCUAUAGCAUUUGCUCCCAUACGAAGUCGCUUCCUUCCAUUGACAAUUGCUAGAUUCAAAUCAAACCUACCUCAAUCUAACUCAUCAAACAAUGGUAAUAAAAAAGACAAUGAAGCCCAAAAUGGUACUUUAAAUGAUUCACAAUUGCCUACAAAUCCAAACGCCGGUAAGCAAUUACCUUCGAAAAGUGAAUGGGAGAAUUUGAAACUCCAUAUACCUGGCGAACAAGUACAAACCAAUACGGCUAAAGACCGUGUACCUAAAUUCCCACUAGGCAAAGAAAAUGUACCAACAUUAUUGCCUCGACCUGGUGUGCCUCAAGUGGGUAAACAUUACACUUUUAAACAAGUGAUUAAUAUUUUGAAAAACAAGAAGCAACCAGAACUCAUUUAUGAAAGUGAACCACAUCGAUUAUAUUUCCUAAUGUGUUUUUGUUUAUCAAUAAUGUUUACCAUUUAUGCUUGUGUUUUAUUUGAAUGGGCAUUUUGGAUAUCACGUAAGGAAUAUGAUGAAAAUGAAAAAGAAGAGACUAAUGAAGCAUUGAGAAAUCGAGAUUGGGCGCUUUCAUUAGCAAUGUAUUUGAUUCCAUCAAUCACCAUGUUUGUUGCUGCUGCUGGUGCUGCCAUUUUCCCCACAAAAUUAGUGAGAAGAAUGUGGUAUUUGCCUGGACCCAAAGAAUACAUCAAGUUUACUUCGCAUCCAUUGAUUCCAGGUAGACCAACGCCGGUGUAUACUGUUCCUUUGGAAAACUUGAGUCGUCGUAAAACCGCACGUGUUUGGACCGGUAAAGGAUUUUAUGGAACGUCUGAUAAAGGGUUCUUUUUCUUUGUGUUGCGAGAAAAAAUUUCGUCCAUGAAACUGAAGAGCUGGGUUAUUGAUAGAAAGGGGUUUUUCUGGUCUGAUGGAAGAGUAUUUGAUUAUUUAUUUGGCAAAGAAACGUUGCAAGAAGCAGAAGCAGGUGUACCUUAUGAUGCACAAGUUGGUAUCAUUAAUCGUGAAGUGAAAAAGAAGAAGGAGAAGUUGAAGCAACAACAUGGAAUGUUUUGGAGGUAUAAGUUGAUGUUGGGUGAAAUGAAGCUGGAUGUGAGAAAAGUAGGUGGGUAUUUGACUGGUGGUGAGACAAAGGGCGGCAAGAAUGAAAGAAAACAGUUGCCUAGAAAGUGA